GCCUCCUCGGAACCGCACCGCCCUUUACGUUUCUGGCGGGAAAGCCGCACGCGCACUUUUCCCCUCCACGCGCAACUGCCGUUCGUGGUUCUUGGCCCUCGGCCGUGUCCCGAGACGGGGACACGACUCCAGGAGCUCUCUGGGCAGCUGGUCCCUUUCCCAUCCCUUGCAGUGAUGGAGGGAGGCUGGUAGCUUCAUUAUCGGCUAUGGAACGGCGAGAGUGGCCAAUGGACCUACCAGAGGGCCGGGCUGGUGGCUCAGCUGCAGAAAUGUAUCUCUGGGAGCAACCUGAGGAGGUGAGCCCAGGACCACUGCUCAGCUUAGAAGAGCAGAUACUCAACUCGACGUUUGAAGCUUGUGACCCUCAGAGGACAGGCACUGUGGCAGUGACCCACGUGCUGGCAUACCUGGAGGCUGUGACAGGCCAGGGCCCCCAGGAUACACGCCUCCAAACAUUGGCCCGAAGCCUGGACCCCAAAGGGAAGGGCCCUGGGGCCACUGUGGACUUGGACACCUUCCUGGUCGUCAUGCGGGACUGGAUUGCUGCCUGUCAGCUGCAUGGGGGAUUAGAGCUCGGAGAGGAGACCGCCCUGGAGGGAGCCCUGACCUCCCAGCAGCUGCCAUCUGGAUGCCCAGAAGCUGAGGAGCCAGCCAACCUGGAGAGCUUUGGAGGCGAAGACACCAGACCCGAGAUGCCUGCCACAGCUGACCUUCUGAGCAGCCUGGAGGACCUGGAGCUCAGUAACCGGCGUCUGGCCGGGGAGAAUGCCAAACUGCAGCGCAGCGUGGAGACGGCCGAGGAGGGGUCAGCGCGCCUCACAGAGGAGAUCUUGGCCCUGCGCAGGCAGCUUCGCAGUUCCCAGCAGGCUCUGCAGUUUGCCAAGGCCGUGGAUGAAGAGCUGGAGGACCUGAAGUCUCUGGCCAAGAGCCUGGAAGAGAAGAAUCGCAGACUUCUGGCCCAGGCCCGGCAGACGGAAAAGGAGCAGCAGCACCUGGUGGCGGAGGUGGAGACUCUGCAGGAGGAGAAUGGGAAGCUACUGGCUGAGCGGGAUGGAGUGAAGAGGAGGAAUGAGGAGCUGGCCACAGAGAAGGAUGCUUUGAAGCGGCAGCUCUGUGAGUAUGAACGCCUCAUUUGCCAACGAGACACCAUCCUGUCCGAGCGUACUCGCCACACAGAGAGCCUGGCCAAGACCUUGGAGGAGUACAGAAUGACCACGCAGGAACUGAGACGGGAAAUCUCACACCUGGAGGAGCAGCUGAAUCAGACCAGUGGGGGGCCAGAAGAGUUACUGGAAGGGGCCCAGGCAAGAAGAGUGGGCUGGACCACGCUGCUGCCCACAUCACUGGGCUUGGAGAUUGAGGCCAUUUGUCAGAAACAGGAAAUGGCAGGUUCUGAGCUCUCCAGUCCUCUGUGUGGAGUAUGGCAGUGGGAGGAGGUCAUCAGUGAGCCCCAUGAGGAAACUGAAUUUCCAUCUGAAGUCCCAACUGGGGCACAGAGCAACUCCGAGGGAGAGCCAGCACACCUUGAAGAAGGAACAAAGGUGCCAUCAAGGGGGUUGUCCAGAAGAGAGGAAGAGGAGGAAGUGGAGAGCCUGGUCACGACUGUUACCCCAAUCCCUCUUGGAGACCCUCACCCUGAAGACAUCCCAGGAAGCCCUCCUGAGAGUGAUUCCCUUCCCUUUUGUCUCCCCAGCAGCUCUGCUGAGCCAGAGCUCCAGCAAGCCCUGGUGCCUGUGGUGAAAGAGCUGGUCCCAGCCAGGAGGCCCUGGGGCCAAUGCUGCCUACACUCCCGGCACUGCCAGCGACUCAGGGUCACUCAGCAUCCGCUGGUCCCAGCCCCGAUCCUGGGCCUGCUGCUGCUGCUGCUGCUCUCAGUCCUGCUGCUGGGCCAGUCCCCAACCCCCACCUGGCCCCACCUGCAGCUCUGCUACCUGCAGCCCCCACCAGUGUGAGGCAGAGCUGAUGCGGCUUUUCCUUCCCCAGGGAGCCAUGCCUCCUUGGAUUGCUUCUCAGGCAGCUUCCUCCUGUUACCUUCCAUUGUUAUGCCACUGUUAUUUGGGCUCACCCCAUAGCCGGUACACAAGGAUCCACAUCCCCACCUUGAGUUCUUAUGUGAAGUCUCCUGAUUUUCUACUGUUGGUGACUCUGUUUCUUAACAAUAGCAAAGCACACCCAACAACAGUUUCAGUACUAAGAAUUAUUAGUUUGGAGGAAGGCAGGCCGCCGCGGGCUCGUAGCUGAAUCACAGCAGCCCCAGGAACCAGGGUCUCUGGGAUUCUCUUGGCCCUUCCCUCAUGCUCAGGAGAUGGCAGUUGUAGCUUCCUACAUCACAUCUGCAGCGGGCAGGGGAUAUGACCUUCCUUUUCAUAACAGAAGCGACAGCCUCUCCAGAGCUACCCAUGGUCUUGUGCUGAAGUCUCAUUUGCCAGCCUGUUUGCAGGACCAUCCCUAGCUACAAGGCAGGACGGGAGACCUGGGACUCUGAGCAUCUCUCCUGGGGCUGGACAUGUUGCUGCCCAAACAUAAUCUGUUAGUAAGGGUACAUAUGGGGAAAGCAGAUAAAUGCCUGCCAGAGCAACUCAUUCAGAUUACUGAAAACAAUAUGGACCAUAAAAUAGGCUUAGUGGUCACCUUUAGACUUCUAGUUUGUAGCCUCUGAGGUUUCAGCCCCCAAGCAUUGCCAGACUGCUUUGAAAGGGGCUCCUGGACACCUCCCUGAUCCUUUUUUCCUUCCUGCAUUGUCCCAACACCAGAGUUCUGACUCUUUUCUGCUACCACCCCAUGGGUAGGAGGAGCCUGGGUUGGCCAAGUUCUAACUGCAUCCUAGGUCAGUAAUGGGCAAUCUUCUGUCUCCCACAGCACCUCUCACCCUUGUUGCUAUUUACCAUCUUCAUGGCUCAGUUUUGAUACAUUAUAAUGCUACAAGCCCCUUCUCACUUCAGUACCAUGAACUGAGUGCUGGACACAGAGUAGGUGUCCAGAGACAUAAUUUGGGGGGAGGAGGGGAGUAGAUGGAGACUGACCCUCCUCGCCGCAAAAUACACCGCUGGACACCUACUCUAUGUCCAGCACACAGUCCAUGGUACUGAAGUUAUUCUUCCCAGAUAAGUGACAUCUGCAUUUAUUCUUGAAAAUAGGUACUGAUUAGUUACAGUGAUCAGGGGAGAGUGUCAUGCAGAGGAAAUAGUCUAUGUAAAGACCAGGUGGUAGAAGAGAGACCAGUGUGUGUGGAGAGAGGCAAGGCAGCACCUAGUUGCUGGGAUUUAAAAAAAAAGAAAAGGAAAGGAAAAAUAUUUGCAGCUAGGGAAGGAUUUGAAGCUGCAGUGUGGUGGGAAAUAAGGAAGUAGACAAGAGCUCAUGGAGGGCUUUGAACUCCAGCCUGAAAUUCACUCCCAAGUGUCUGUGAAAGGGCAGUGAGCACGGGAAGGCAGAGCCCCCUCUGGAAAAGUAUCUACUGGGCCUGGAGAGGGGGUGAAUGAAGGGGUUUGGCAGAGGCAGGGAGAUGGAAGGAGUUGAGGUGUGGGCUGAAGGAGAGAAUGAGGCCUGAGCUGGCUGGGCAGGUGGAUGGAGAGGAGGGGAAGAGCAGAGGGAGGCAGGGCAGGAGUUGUGGUGCUGGAAACUGACAGGCUGUGAAGGAGAGUGAAGAGAGAAGGGCUAAGGACAGCACCUGGGGUCUGGUCCAGGCCUGGUGGACAGCUGAGUCAUUCCCAAAAUAGGGGAACCCUUGAGGAGCAGUGGGUUUGGGGAAAGAGCUCAUUUGGUUCCUAGACCCUUGAGCCCUUAGUCCUGAGCUUCUGGUCUGGAGAAGGGGUCCAAAGGUUGUCAUCUGUGGAUAGUAAUCAAAAUUGGGGAUUACUGAGUUUUCCUGGGAGUUGGGGCGGGGGGUGGAGAGGAAAGGAGUUCCAGGUACUAUUUUGUGAAAAAGAUUCUAUUGCCAGGCAAGGGAUCUGGGAGAAAGUAGAGCAUGGUAAGAACCCAGGCCAGUACCCAAUGGCCAGGCCCUCCAGCAAACAGGUUUCUUACCAGGUUGUGAGAUUAAAAGGACAAAUAUAGGUGCAGCACUGAGAACACUGCCUGGCAUCCUGUGGGGCACACCUGUAAUCCCAGGGAGGGGAGACUGAGGCAGAAUCCCCAAGGUCAAGGUCAGCCCUGGUAAUUUCUCCUCAGCAUUUUGGAAGCGCUGGAGAUGUAGCUCGGUGGUAGAGCCCUGGAGGGUCCUGGGUUUGGUUUUCAGUAAAUGGGGAGUGGGGGAAUGCCUGGCAUGCAGCAACUGCAGAUCUACAUUUUAACCCGUUUCUUCCUGAGAGUAGAAGGAAAGUCUAGACUAAUAAUCACACAGUUUAGAUUCCAGUUAUCCUUCUGUCUCUUACUAGUUCUGACAGCUUGGGAUGUUAUGGGGCGCAGCUUAAGAACAGAUAGAUCACCACUGAGAAGUCCAAAUGUGUCAGUCUUUAUUAAGCCUGCCUGCUAACUGUCUCACACAAUGCCCAAAAAGUGGCUAUUGGGAGAACAGCCCAGGCCAUAGGGUUGCAGGGGUUCUUAUAUCAAAAAAUCACAUC